AAACUUGCAUAGUUUUCCAUGAGUUCUUCAGUCUCUUUGCUGUGUUUCUGUAUCCCUGCUGUUCUUCUUCUUGUAUACUCUACUUCAUCAGUUGCGUCAACCAAUGGAGAAAAUGAGACAGACCGAGUAGCCUUGCUUGGAUUCAAGGCUAAAAUAACUCAUGAUCCUCUUGGGAUCAUGGCCUCCUGGAAUCGAAGUGUCCACUUCUGUGGGUGGUACGGUGUUACUUGCGGUCGUCGCCACCAGAGAGUCACUGAAUUGAACCUGUCGUCUCUCAACCUUGUCGGUUCUAUAUCACCCCAUAUUGGCAACUUGAGCUUUCUAAGACAUCUAAAUCUUGCAAAUAAUAUCUUUGGCGGAGAAAUCCCUAUGGAAAUCUGCGGUUUACGCAGAUUGGAACGUUUAAUUCUGAGGAAUAUGUCCAUCACCGGAAAAAUUCCUCUUCCUCUUGCCAAUUUAUCUUCUCUUGAGGUUUUGGAUUUAGGUGACAACUCUCUCCAAGGUCCACUUCAGGGAGUGCCACCUUCCAUAAAGUUUUUCUCUAUUGCAGGCAACAAUAUUUCUGGACAAGUACUUUCUUUUAUUUGCGGUUCGAACAACCUUAUUUUUCUCGACUUGUCUGAAAAUAAUUUCAGUGGAAAAAUACCAAAAUGUUUUGGAAACUUCAGCAGUGACUUAUUAGUAUUAAAUCUGGGAAUGAAUCAGUUUCAUGGUCCGCUUCAAGUACCGCCAUGUUCCACAGAAUAUUUCUAUAUUGCAGACAACAAUAUUUCUGGAGAGAUCCCUUCCUCAAUAUGCAAUUUAAAUUACCUGAAAGAUCUUGACUUAUCUAAUAACAGUUUGACUGGAAUGUUGCCAAAAUGUCUUGCAAACUUUAGCAAUCUUCGUUUUUUGGAUUUGGCGAUGAAUCGGCUUCAUGGUCCUCUUCAAGUACCUCCAUCUUCCACACUAUUUUUCUCCCUUGCAUACAACAAUUUUUCUGGAGAGAUCCCUUCCUCGAUUUGCAAUUUAAAUUACCUGCAAUUUCUUCAUUUGUCUUAUAACAGUUUGAGUGGAAUGUUACCGAAAUGUAUUGGGAACUUUAGCAAUCUUCUCCUUUACUUGGACUUGGCCGCGAAUCAGUUUCAUGGUCCACUUCAAGUACCACCAUCUUCCACAACAUUUUUGUCCUUUGCAGACAACAAUUUUUCAGGAGAGAUUCCUUCCUCGAUAUGCAGGUUAAAUUCUCUGCAGUAUCUUUAUUUGUUUAAAAACAAUAUAAGUGGAACUAUUCCAAAAUGUUUUGGAAACUUUAGAAAUCUCUCUGUCUUGGAUUUGGGGAACAAUAAUUUACAUGGUAGCAUACCAGCAACAUGUGUGGAGGGUAACAGCUUGUCUCGUCUUGACUUGAAUGGCAAUCAAUUGGAAGGGCCGUUACCAAGAUCUUUGAUUAAUUGUAGCAAUUUAGAAAUUUUGAACUUAGGUAACAACAGGAUAAACGGAUCUUUUCCCUACUGGUUGGAAAAUCUUGAAGAGCUACGAGUUCUUGUUCUACGACGCAACAGAUUCUCUGGUCCCAUACCUACCCCCAAAGCUCGAUUUCCCUUCCCUGGCUUGUUAGUAAUUGACCUCUCCCACAAUGACUUCACAGGUCCUUUGCCAACCAGAUACUUUCAGCAAUUCCAAGCCAUGAUGAAAGAGAAAACUGGGGAAUAUUAUGUGGUUCAUGUGACAAUCACAAUCAAAGGGGUUGAUUUUGAUGUGAUCAAAGUCCUUGAUAUAUUUGCAAUGAUUGAUUUGUCAUAUAAUCAGUUCAGAGGAGAAAUUUCUGAAAGUAUUGGAGGGCUUUUACAUCUAACAGGGCUAAAUUUUUCUCAUAACCAUUUAACAGGACAUAUACCACAGGCAAUGGGAAAUUUGUCAAAUCUUGAAUGGUUAGACCUCUCCUCAAAUAAGCUUGUUGGGAGCAUUCCUGAGCAAUUGGUAGAUUUGACAUUUCUUGAAGUUUUAAAUCUUUCCUUCAAUGAACUCACAGGACGAAUUCCUCAAGGCAAGCAAUUCAACACAUUUGGAAUCGAGUCAUAUAAAGGGAACUUGGGAUUAUGUGGAUUUCCAUUGUCAAAAGCCCGUGGCAAUGAUAUCAUUCCGGCGUUGCCAUUGUCGGAAGGAGAUCUCUCUGCAGAUGUUAUUUUUGAGUGGAACAUCGUACUUAUGGGUUACGCAAGUGGAUUAGUAAUCGGAGUGGCUAUAGGGUAUAUUAUGUUUCAAACUGGAAAGCCACAAUGGUUUGUGACAAAUGGUGGACGCUAAACGACUGAAAAUAGGGAAAGGAUCAAUGAAAAUUCGUCCUCCAAGAGGAUCCAAAUAGAAUUUAAUUGUUAUUAGGAGCUGCCUUGUUAAAAUUUGGCUGGUUAAGGGCUAAUAAUGCAAUGUCACAGUCGUUAGGAGUAUA